GUUGAAAGUGGAUUAGCAUGCCAACAGGAGCUAGGGAUUUGGGACAGUUAACGAGCAAAGAAGAGGCUUUUCACUAUAUGAAAUUGUUAAACUUAUCGUUAAAUGUUGAAGGCUAUAAUGUACCUAAGCACAAGAUGAGGGAUUGGUUCUCCCAGCUAGCAUUGAGCCUUGCUGGAGCACUGCAGUAGCUAUUUCCACUGAAACAGUGGGUAAUGACUAGGGCGUACAAAGCUUGAGUUUUAAAUUCCUGAAGUAAGGGAUGGCCAAAGCAAAUCUAUUAUUUUGAGAUCUGGGGAUGAAUGAGUUAGAAUUGUAAACCGUGGCAAAACUUGGUUUCAAUGGUGAUGUUAUGGUGAAAAUUAGAAUCUUUGGAAAAUAGAGCAUUUACAGACUAGCAGCAACAACUUUCAAAGUAAAUUGGCAGCUGAUCACUUUCCAGUCCGGUGAUUGAAAUUUCCAUAUUUAUCCAUGGGGCGGGAAUGUUGCUGGCCUGCUUUUUAUUGUCCAUUCCUAGUUGCCCUCGAGAAGAUGGUGGUGAACUGCAUCAUUGAACCGCUACAAUCCGUUUGUGUGUGGCCAUCUACAAUGCCGUUAUGGAGGGAAUUCCAGGAUUUUGACCCAGCAACAGUGCAGGAAUGGAGAUGCAUUUCCAAGGAUCUGAAAGCUGAGGGCGGCAGGCAGAGGCAUUCUUCAGGUGGCAUUGGCGUCAAAGAGAUGGUGAUUGGUCUUGAAGGAGUGGAACUUGGUGCUGAUGGCAAGACUGUUUCGUACACUCAGUUUCUUUAUCCAACCAAUGUCCUGGGUGGCAGGAGGAAUACAAUAGAUUCUACAGCUUCAUUAUCCCAGUUUCGGAACAGCAGCCAUCGCAAUCUUCCCCUUGGAAGGGCAAACAGUACCCAAGGAAACAUUGACACUGGCAAUGAAGUAUUGGAGUUUGCGGAAUAUGAUCCAAACCUGCUGGAUGACCCACAGUGGCCAUGUGGAAAACAUAAAAGAGUUCUGAUCUUCCCUUCCUAUAUGACCACAGUGAUUGAAUAUGUCAAGCCAUCCGAUCUGAAAAAGGACAUGAAUGAAACCUUCCGAGAAAAGUUUCCCCAUAUUAAGUUGACCCUCAGUAAGAUAAGAAGUCUGAAACGUGAAAUGCGGAAGCUGGCUCAGGAAGAAUGUGGCCUGGAAGAGCCCACUGUAGCCAUGUCCUUUGUCUAUUUUGAGAAGCUGGCCCUCAAAGGCAAACUGAAUAAACAAAACCGAAAACUCUGCGCUGGUGCCUGCGUUUUGCUCGCUGCCAAAGUAGGCAGUGACCUCCGAAAGCAUGAAGUCAAGCAUCUGAUAGAUAAACUGGAAGAAAAAUUCAGACUUAACAGACGGGAACUGAUAGCAUUUGAGUUUCCAGUGUUAGUGGCCUUGGAAUUUGCUCUUCAUCUUUCUGAAAACGAGGUGCUGCCACACUACAGAAGACUUACCCAGCACUCUUAGCCCAGGCUGUAUAGUAGCUGAUGAAGGCCAGGUUCUUGUGGUAAGUAUGUGUACUUCGCUCUCCAAUGGAUCUUCAAGUGCUGCUGCAAGUAAGCUAACUACGAAGAACUUCCAAGAUUGGAAUAGCUUUCUGUAACAUAUGCGUGUACUGAUAAGCCAGUGCAUAAAACAAACAGAUCUAU